GCGAUCAAAUUAUAGCUUUUAUGUAAGCAUAAAACCUUAUAAAUAGAACCAGCUCAGUGAACCGUUCAGUUCUAUAUAUAUAUAGGAAACAAAAUUAUGAGUUAUGAAGAACGGAGUUUCCUGGAGAAAGCAAACUUAGAUUAAGAUCACAUUUACCAGGUACUAAACGAUCUAAAAGUGAUGGAUAAAUUAUCGCAAGAACUUAUAGCUACAGAUCAGCGAAUCAGAGUUAACAAAGACACUGAAGUACGAAGAAUUCAAAGAUCUAUAGAGAAAACAAUUACCACUGUACUAGAAAGAGUAAAAUUGAUAGACAAACGACUAUCGUUAAGAUUGCGAAAAGUAGGAAGCUUUUAUGACGGACUUAAGAUCGGUUUUCCCGACGAGUUCGAUUUUCUAGCAGAGUUGGUUGAACUAAAGGAGGGACAAGAUGUCAUAGUUAGAUCUACAGGUUUCAACGGAACACGGAAUUUGUGGAAAACAACACAGGGAAAAUCCGGAAGACGAAAGAUUCAGUAUGUUGGAAAGACAUUGUGUGACAUGGAUGAUACAGAUGAACACGACGAAGCCUGGAUGAAGCAAGUUGGAACAAAGAGAAAUCCUGAAUAUAUAAUUGAUUGUAUUUCGGUGAAGAACACAUUUUAUUCUGCUGUUCUUAAAGUGGUUAGGGCAUUCACAUCAGAAGAUUUACCGAGAUAUCUUACUGUCGGCGAAGAGCCGACAUUUAUCCAUGGUCCUGCCGUAACACUGGAGUUCAUCUGGCAUGGAAGAAGGUACAAGAACCUGAAAUUAAGUGUUGACUUGACAAUCUGUAUUAAAGUAGACAACUGGAAGACGUGUUUUGAUACUUUCGAAUGGAUAUUAGAAGAUAGUUGUAUCUCUCAAACGCUCAGCAAUGCACUUGACAGAGAUGGGUACCAUUUAACUCCGUAUAUAUCUGAAAGAGGACAUUCAUGUCAAUGGAGGGUUUCAACAUCUUACAUGGAACAUCUAUUGAUGGAAAGUUUUGAUUCUGAAUCAAAAGUGAAGAUCGCAAUUCGCUGUCUGAAGCAUGAAAGAGAUCAGUAUAUUGACACUCUACCUGAACCUACCGAGAUGUUAGAUCAAAAAUUUGCAAAUGUGGUUCAAUUUGUGAGGUUCUAUCAAGGAGAGGACGAAGAACAACAACUUAUCUCAUCUUAUAUGAUAAAAACAACAGCAUUUACAACGUUAGGGUUACUGACUAGCAAAUGGUUUGACAGAAUUCCAAUAUCAAUAAUGUAUACGUACUUUAUAACACGACUUUAUACAUCAAUCAAAUUUAAUGCGCUACGGAUGUUUUUCAUAAGUGAUUACAAACUUCGGGUGCCGGAGUUCGGUGAAAUUUUACCCGGAUUUAAAGCACUUGUUGACUCAGUCUCUGAAGAAGAUGUGCCAAAAUUUGACUUGUUAAGAUGCAUUCAAGCUGACACUGAACAAUGCAGUGAUGAAGAGCUUGAAUUUAUAUAUACAUACGAUACGUUUAAACAAAUGAAGAUCGAUGUUCAUAGACAUUACAAUUUCUGGUGGAAAAGUUGGAAAGCAUACACUGUUAAAGACGUUUCAGUAAGUAAGUUUAAAUGGUGACAGAUUGCUUUCAAAUUUGACACUGUGGUAGUUUAGAGCAAUGAAAACAUUUACGUAAUGAGAUAUCGGUUUCGUGCAUAGGGUGUUUGUUUUUGUGCUGGUUCAGCUGAAUUAUAUCCGUUUGUCAUGAAAGGUUAUAAUUAAAUGCAAUAAAUUGUCAUAGGCAAAACAUAAUCUGAUGCAACGAACAUCAAACUUUUUGUUUUACAUUGUAUUUUGAAAAUGCUCUUCUAUAACUGAAAAAAAUAAAAUAAUUCAUGUUGUCUAACAAGAAUUUUCAUUAUUCCAACAGAUUUCACCUUUCUGAUGGGUUAUUUCAGUUUCAAAAAUAGUAUCAAUCAUCUAUUCUAUAACAGUUAUACCGGUACUUUACAUUUAUUAUAUAACAGUUAUACUUUACAACUUUAUUUUCAACAUAAUUGAACUAUGUGGAAAUUAAUUAAUUUAACGAACAAAGUUGUAGACUUAAUUUUAUGUAUGAUUACAAAAGAUGAAACACUUGUUGAGUGUAUGCGUGGUUGUGUCUAUAACGUAUAUGUACACAAAACAUAAACAAAUGAAAACGAUAGACAACAAAGACAAAACAAACAUACAAAGGAUCAUAGUGGGACACCGCCAACAACACCUGGGAGUUUACACCUAUUAAUGGUGCGCCAAACCUCAUUCUCAAUACCAACCAUGGUCUAAAGUUAAAUGACAAUGCAAAUACGCAGUACAGAGAAUAAUGACAGGAAACUGUACCUCACCCACUAUAACGUCGAUUGGGGUAUUACCGGACAUUUUGAUAAACAUCUCCUCAAAGUCCGUUGUGAUGUUUGAAUUGUUUAAUACACUGAUCACGAGUUUUUAAACGUUUUUCCAAAGUAUUUACAAAGAAUAAUAAAAGCAACAACAGAAAAUGUUAUA